AUUCCAACUACUACCUAGCCUCGGCCGAUCGAUCGAUCGAUCGAAGACACCACACAAGGGGAGGAUUGGCUAAAGAGGAGGAGGAGGAUUCGAGGAAGAGGGAAAAUAAGUCUUCUUUUCAUCUUUAUGUGAUUUUGUAGUCGCUUCACUCUUCGUCAAUUUAUUCGCUUCGCCCUUACUUUCCUCUCUCUCUCUCUCUAUACAAUCAAGCAGACAAACUAGUUUAGCUAGCUAGCUAGCUAAUUGCCGAUUUCUCCAUCCCUCGGAUCGGAUCUCACCUUUUCUCGCCAAUUCAUCGGUAGGUAAUUCAACAUAGAUUCACUUCUGCCGUGCACAUGCAAUGGCGGCUCUCGAUGUUCACCAGUUUGCGCCCUGCAUUACAUGUCAUUCUUGGAGCCCAGACCACUCUAUGAUUGCAUUUUGUCCAAACAACAAUGAGGUUCAUAUAUAUAAAUUUGCGGAAGAGAAAUGGGAGAAGACGCAUGUUCUUCAGAAGCAUGAUCAACUUGUUUCAGGUAUUGACUGGAGCGUAAAAUCCAACAGAAUAGUUACGUCAUCUCAUGAUAGGAACUCGUAUGUCUGGAACCAAGAAGGAUCAGAAUGGGUCCCAACCUUGGUUAUCCUUAGACUUAAUCGUGCAGCUCUUUGUGUUCAGUGGAGUCCAAAAGAAAACAAGUUUGCUGUUGGAAGUGGUGCUAAAACAGUUUGCGUUUGCUAUUAUGAGCAAGAGAAUAAUUGGUGGGUCAGCAAACUUGUUAGGAAAAGACAUGAUUCUUCUGUGACAAGUGUUGCCUGGCAUCCAAAUAACGUUCUUCUGGCUACUACUUCAACCGAUGGAAAAUGUCGGGUUUUCUCCACAUUCAUAAAGGGUGUUGAUAAAAAGUAUUCUGAAUAUUUCACCUCUCUUUUUUCUUCUUUUUUGUUGGAGCAGCUAAUAGUCCAGCUUGAUCUCUCAAAUUCCUGGGCAUUUGGAGUUAGAUGGUCACCAAGUGGUAAUACCUUGGCUUAUGUAGGUCAUAAUUCAAUGAUAUACUUUGUUGAUGAAAUUGGUCCAUCUCCCUCUGCUCAAACUGUAGCAUUUCGUGAUUUGCCCCUCCGUGAUGUGCUAUUUAUUUCUGAGAAAAUAGUUAUUGGAGUGGGUUACGACUGCAAUCCAAUGGUUUUCACUAAAGAUGAAAGGGGGUUAUGGAGCUUUACCAAAUUUCUUGAGGAAAGGAACAAACCUUCUACAGGGCAAAAAUACACUUCACAGCUCUCUGGAACAUUUGGAAGAUUGUAUGGUGGUCAAUCAAGAAACGAAAACAACAGUUCAAAACCACAUGGAAAUGCUCAUGAUAACUUUAUCAACUGCAUCGUGCCAAUAAAGAAAGUCGGAAAUGCUAAAAUGACUCGCUUCAGUACGUCAGGUCUAGAUGGUAGGGUGGUUGUAUGGGAUUUGGUGAAUCAAGACGAUUUAACCGAAUACUUGUGAAUGAUGGAGGUCUGUCUCUGUCUGUUUUCUUGCUUCAGAUUGGUGUCAAGAUCUAAUAAGCUUUAUGAAUAGGAUUCAGAGAGCUUAAAAACGAAAAGAAAAAUGAUUUGUGUAAUUAUUUACUCAUUCCUAUGAAGAACUUCCCAUUCAGGUGAUGGUGGUUCACUCGCUGCUAGAAGAAUUCCUUUCUUUAUUUUCUUAAUGUUUUAUGUUUUGCUUUGAAAUGAAUGAUUCAGAUAUAAUAUUUAUCAUUUCAAUUGAAUUCAAUCCUUUCUUUCUGUAUUUGCUUAUUCCAAACAAUAUGUUUUAGAAUCUUAUUUUACUCCCUCCUGCAUGAUUUGUUGUUUCUCAAAGAAAUUGGCAA